AAUUAUAAAAAAUAAUAGAAUGUCUAAUUAUAAAUUUAUUUGGUUAACUUUGCUCGUUCUAAUAGGUUUAUCGCAAACAACCUACAUAAAUUUAAAAUGCUACGAGCUGGCUAAAAUAACGAAAAAUGAUUUGCUUAACAAUUUAUCUGGGGCAAUUGUUUUAGCAACUCAAACAAAAAAUUCAUGGUUGUCUAAAGGUUAUAAAGGUUCAAAUUAUAAUACUCUGGGGAAAGAUAUUGAAACACUACAGCAAAUGAAAUCAAGGGUAAGUGCAGCCGAUCCGACUACACCCGAUGGCCAGGAAUGUAUUGAAACAAAUAACCAGGGUCUACAGGAUAUGCAAAAAUCAAUUCAAUUGACUAUAAUCAAUGGUAACCAAGAAUUAGGCAAACAAAAUCGUCAACACAUUGAUGAAAUUUCCAAUACGACUGCUGACUAUCAAACUAAAUUAACAAAUUUUCUACAAAAAAUACCAGAAAAAGAUGAACUAGCUGAAAAAUAUGAUACAAAUUCAAUUAAAACUCUAUUAAAAUCUAUGAUUGAUUAUUCAAAUAAAUUACUAGAUAUAAUUGGAAAUCUAUAAUUUUAUUGAUUCGACAACAUCACUAACUUCGACAACAAAUAAUAAUAAUAAAAUAUCAUUUA